AUGCCGAUCGAUUAUUCUAGAUGGGACAACCUAGAGUUGUCAGACUCAGAUGAUGAUAGAAAGCCAAAAGUUAUAAAACUUGAUCCCUCACAACGCGUCGAAUUGGGACGCGACGGAUACAAUAUAAUAUCCAGUGGUACUAACGCCACUAACCCCCGCGACUUCGCGGCUCUAUCGAUAUUUUGGAAAAAGCACGUCGAAAAUGGCGGCGUAGUUGGACGGUCUCAUGUAUUUUCUCAGAAUCGCUACGAAAUAUGCGUUCUUAUCGCUGUAAGUGCUGAAGAUAAACAUCGAUUUGAGGUUGCCGUGACCGAAUCCACAUUGAGAAUCCUCCGAUCAGGAAUUGAAAUACUCAAUAAGGACUUCUACACAAAGGUUAAAGAUGAUGACGAAUUUAUGAAUUGGAAGAUUGUGAGACAGGAGAUUGACUGGAAAGCACUGGAAUCUUACUGUCGUACAUCCGGACCUGAGGGCCACGAUGCCAACAUUUCAUUCACAGAAUUCUACGAACAAACAUUUAUCGAAUUAGAGCUUACAAAACAUAGUAUAAUCGAAGAUUGCGUCAUCUGGUGGCCGAAAGUUUUUAAGGUAAGCUUGAAAGCUCUAACCUCUUUCAUGAACCUUUCGGAUUUCAUGUGUGAUAUGUAA